AUGGAAAAUUCAAACUCUCGAGAUUGGACUGCACUUGACUACGAUGUUCUUGGUGUGAUUCUCAACAAAAUGGUGUCUCUCUACGAUUAUCUCCAAUUUAGCUUGGUAUGUAAGUCUUGGUAUUUUCUUGCAUUACGCCACAAACACGAACGGUCCAUAAUUACCUCCAAGGUAACUCAACUGCCGAUGCUCAUUGUUCCCUCGAAGGAUGGUCUUGAAAAGCAGCAUUGCUUAUACGAUCUCACUAGGAACAUAGUUCGCCCAGUUGACUUCAAAUUUUGCUUCAACAAAAGGUGUUGUGGUUCCUCUUUCGGUUGGUUGAUCAUGCGUGAUGAGACACUCGGUAUCGUUUUAUUCAACCCUUUUUCUGGGACUGUGAUUUAUCUUCCUCCGGUUGCUACAUAUGAUGACAUUGAGUGGAUACCAGGCCACAUAAUUAAAGCAAUACUAACCAAAGAUCCAUCGUUAUAUCCAAAUGAUUACAUGGUUGUAGCCAUCUUUGGUACAUACAAAAGAUUGUGUCUGAUAAGAGCAAAUGAUAAAACUUGGACGUAUUACUACCCAACACCAAACAUUCCUUUUAAUGAUAUUAAUAUUUGUGGUGAUACUUUAUAUGCUACAGAAUACUACUUGAAUGUUUGGAAAGUUGAAGUUGAAAAUAGUGAGGAUGAAAGUUCAUCUAUUUGUAUAUCUGUAAAGAUGGUCCACACAAUAGAAAUGGGGCACUGGGUUACGUCCUAUAUUACAGAGUCUUCCAAAGGAGAGCUUUUGGUUGUUUUGAGGAUAUUAGACUCUGGAGAAGAACAAUUCGAGACGGUGGACUUUGAAGUUUACAAACUUAUCCAUGAGAAUGAAGAUGAGAUGCGAAGGGCGGUAGAGGUGAAGAGCUUAGAUGGUGAUGCUAUUUUUAUUGGCGACUCCCAGUCCAUUUGUGUUUCAACUAAAGAAUUUCCUGAAUGUUUACCAAAUCGUAUAUAUUUCACCGAUAAUCGUUACGUUAAUCUUGUUGUUGGGAAAUUAGAUGGAACUCAAGAUUUAGGUACAUUCAACUUCGAAGAUGGAAGCUUUGAAGACCAGUACAUAGCAGAUCCUGCACAAAAAAAUUUGCCUAGUCCUAUUUGGAUCAUCCCAACUAUAUGCUCGAAAGAUUUGGAUGGAUGA